AUGGCAACAAAUCAGUAUAAAAGCGACGGUGGUAAUAGAAAUGCAAUCCAUUCCCCGAUGGAGUUCGAACAGCGCAUCAAAGCGUACCGCUUUGUCUCCUACUCGGCCGUUGCCUUCUCGGUCGUCGCCGUUGUUUCGGUGUGCGUCACCUUGCCAAUGGUGUACAACUAUGUGCACAAUGUCAAGAGAGCCAUGCACCAGGAAGUCCAGUUCUGCCGUGGAUCUGCUAAAGACAUCUGGUCUGAGGUCAACUCGUUGAAGCACAUCGAGCCAACCCACAACAGAACCGCCCGUCAAGCCGGAGGAUGCGACGCUUGCUGCCUUCCAGGAGCCGCUGGACCAGCCGGAACCCCAGGAAACCCAGGACGCCCAGGAAAGCCAGGAGCGCCAGGACUCCCAGGAAACCCAGGACGCCCACCACAGCAACCAUGUGAAUCGAUCACUCCACCACCAUGCAAGCCAUGCCCAGCUGGACCACCAGGACCACCAGGACCACCAGGACCACAGGGAGAUGCCGGAUCCAACGGAAACCCAGGAGCUCCAGGAAACGACGGAGCCCCAGGACAACCAGGAAACAAGGGACCAUCUGGACCAAACGGAAACCCAGGAGCCCCAGGAGCCCCAGGAAACCCAGGACAAGAUGGACCAUCCGAGCCAAUCACCCCAGGACCACCAGGACCACCAGGACCAGCUGGACCACAAGGACCACCAGGACAGCCAGGAGCCCCAGGACACGACGGAGCCCCAGGAGCCCCAGGACCAAAGGGACCAAAUGGAAACCCAGGACAGCCAGGAGCCGAUGGAAACCCAGGAGCCCCAGGACAGGCCGGACAGCCAGGAGGAGCCGGAGAGAAAGGAAUCUGCCCCAAGUACUGCGCUAUCGAUGGAGGAGUCUUCUUCGAGGAUGGAACCCGCCGUUAA